AUGGUGCUCCUCAAAAUUCUGAAGAAAAUAAAAGAAAAACAAAAAAACAUAAGGAUAAUCAUACUUGGGUUAGAUAAUGCAGGAAAAACUACAAUCGUGAAAAGGUUAUUAGGGGAAGAUAUUUAUAAAGUAAGUCCAACCUUUGGAUUUACCAUUGAGGCUUUACAUUAUGAUAAUCAUUUGAUCAAUAUAUGGGAUAUAGGAGGUCAGAAAAGUAUUAGACAUUUCUGGAAAAAUUAUUAUGAAAAUGUUGACGGAAUUAUAUAUGUUAUUGAUAGUUCCGAUUUAUUUAGAAUACAGUUAUGCUCAUAUGAAUUAAAACAAAUUUUAAAAGAAGAGAGAUUAUAUGGUUGUUCCUUGCUGAUUUUAUCUAAUAAAGUUGAUAUAGCGAACUCUUUAAAAGUCAAUCAAAUUGUUGAGAUUUUGAAGUUAAAUGAAAUGAACAUAGACAGGCACUGGUGCAUAAAUGAAUGUAGUGCUUUUUCGGGAAAGGGAUUGUUAAAAUCUUUUAUGUGGUUGAUCGAUGACAUAAAUUGUAGAAUUAGUAACACUUACUGA